GGUCGAUCUAUCAGCCUGCCUACACCAGGUGAAAGCAACGUGGGUACAUAUAGCUAGUAGUAAUAUCCUGAGAGUUGGCCCUGUGCAGGUCAGGUCACUCCCCCCCGACAGCACUCAUAGGAAUGGAAUCUAAAGGAAGCACCCGAAGCGGAAGCAAGCCUGAUGCCAAGGCCACCAGCUCUGGAAAGCCGGAGAAGCCCAACCCCGGGCCUGCUAUGAAUGCAGACAAGAAGGAAACCCCCUCCAAGGAGCAGCCCACCCCUGUGGCCACAACGAAGAAGGCAGCCAGCGAGGCCGCUGCACUGAAUAAUCACAGCAAUCUGAAACCCAGCCCUGCGGCCCCGGAGGUGCAAGAGGCCACCGGCCAGUCCCCUGACAUUGAGCACAAGGGAAAUGGCGCGGAGGAAUCCUCAGGCAGUGUCUUCGAUAAUGUGAAGCCAUUGGCCAUUGUUGGAGGUGUGGUGGUGGCUGCCAUUGCUGUAAUUCUGGGAGUGGUGUUCCUAGCCCGGAAAAAAUGAAGACCGAGAAAGGGUUGGGGGAGAGAAAUAUAAUCAACUGUACAGUUCCUUUUGAAACACAUGCAUGCAGUAAAUUCUAUACAUAUCUAUACAUAUAUAGAGAGAGCACUAGAUAGGGUAACUACAGCACCAACAACUACUCCAAAAGUCUUGUUCCAAAGGAGCCAUGCCAGUUUGACCAGUAUGGGUACUCCAUGCACUCAAUAUGUGCUUUCGUGUAAUAUAACUUGGCUUGUACAACUGUGUAUAGAUUACAGCUUCUUCUGAUCAGUGUAAAUGCCGGUGUCCCCUCCCCCCACGCUCCUCCCCAGGAGACUCCCCACUUUCCCAUAGUCCCAGCAUUUCCAAGCAGAGGUGUUCUACAUCCCAUCCUGAGUCCCUGCUCUAUUUAUUUUGAUGUUUUUUAAUUGGGUUGUGGUAGAGAAGAGGAAAGGGAAUAGUACUA